UAGUAGAGCAAUUUGUUGUUGAUUUGCACAUUGUUUAAGGGUGUCGUUCACUCUGGGUUCUGGUGUUAGUGCAGAGAAGACCCCGGAGGCGAAAGUGUGAAGUUUUCGCACCGUUGUUGUGUUCAGUGUAGUGAAAAAGUUAUAGGCUGUAGCUUAGUAUUGGAGAGAACUCCAGCGCCAUGUUAGGCACACACAACCCAGCUAUAAAAAACUACGAGUUUCCAUGGGGAAGUUCGAGCGCAUCUCAGAUCAAUCCAUUUGUGACACCAGGAGCACAACAUCAUUUUUCCUUUGAUGUUCCCGCUCAUUUAGCCCUACGUCCGCCAGUACAAUCUAUACCACCUCCAACGCAAUCACGUAGAAAGGCACUGCUAGCAAAAUCAAAGAUGACGGAGGCACAAGCAGAUAUGCGCGAGUGCGCUACUGCGAAGAUUGAGCGCCACAAAUACACGGCAGGGCAAAUUGAAUUGUUAUUGGAAAUUUUCAAAGAAAUCAAAUAUCCCAAUCUAAGGCAGAGAAGAAUCAUUGGAAGACGGAUGGAUAUUCAACCGGAGCAGGUUAAGACAUGGUUUCAAAACAGACGACGUCGAACACUGCUUGAAGGGAAGAAUAAAAUCACAGAGAAUGCCGGACAAAACAAGAAAGAAGCAGAUACCGCCCAGCCAGAGAAAAAGCUCAUAUCUGACAAUAUCGUGAAAAGUAUUUUACAAGAACUGAACAGCCUCGGGGACAGUCAAGAUGAAGCUAUAAAGAAGAAAAACAAAGGAUUCAAGCGAAAACAUUAUUGCAACAGUGAGCCUAAGCAGUUAGUGGAGCCAGCCGUUGUAGAGAAAAACCCACCAAAGCGUGUUGUCGUCGACUCGGACGCAUCGCAGAAUAACAUUGGCAACAAUGCAGGAACGGUGACAUCACACCCCUCGGCAAAUCAAAACGAUGCUAGCGUAGCUCUUGAUUUUACCAUCCACAACAAGGACCAAAGAGUGCAAAACUCUAACACAAAAGGACUUGAUCUGUCCAUGCUAACUCCCCAAGACAGUGAUAUUAUGCAAAAGAUCACAGCAGCAGCUGCUGAAUGCGGAUCAGUCCCUGGUCUGCCAUCUUACUCAAGAGCAUCAGACGCGAUAAAUGGAGGGUCUUGCUCAUUAACGGGUUCAACUCACGUCACCUCGGUAACGAACAGUCAUACCCGACAGAACUCCGUUACUCUUGACUCUCAUAACAGUAGACUUCAAAAGGGAACCUGCUCGCUACCUGUCCCUGCUACUGGAGGUAAACAAAAGGAUGAAACGACAGACCAAUUUGAAAAGGCAAACAGCGUGAAAAGUGACAGGUUGUCAUCGCGCCACAGUUCUUAUGAUGAAAUGUCUCAGUUAUGGGGAGGACACGGGCAGAAAGCAGUGGUGGGUACUCCGGACCUUCAUGAUAAACUCUUAGGCGUCUCUGACGGCUGCCCGCCACCUAAUCGCGUUGCACCAUCGCCGCUCACUGCAGAGUAUUUAGCAAUAACCAACGACAUCAAUGGUUAUCCAUAUGCCACGCCUUUCUGCGCAUUUUCUUCUAUAUUGGACACUGCUAAACCAGUAGGGCCUAAACCACCUUUAUCAAAACAAAGUGCACUAUCGGACAACUGCAGCAUUCAGUCUGCUGAUCGGCCUACUACUGACCGUAAUGAUCUGAUUGAAGAUAAUGGUGUGAUCCCACCAAAUCGCAUCGCCCCGCCGUCAGGCCCAAUACCUUUCUUUCCUUCGCGUUUCACCCAUGCUUCCCCUUUACAGGUCGCUGUUCCGGCACCGUCCCCGUACUUGCGUCUUCCACCCGGCACUUAUCAAGGACUGCUACAGCCCCUGACGCCCGAGUCGCGAACUUCGUCCUCAGUUUCAUAUCUUCCAGAUGAUGUGAUCGUUCGUCGCCUUAUGAACUUCGCCCCAAAAGAGGUCCAGAAGAAUCACAGCAGACAACCAAGUCGCACCUCAAGCAUGUCUGAUGAUAUCGAUGUGGAGACCAUCGACGACAUUGUUGACGAAGGCAAAGAUAUCUUUGGGGAAACGACCCAAGAUAAAGCUGAAGACAUAUCUGUUUCGCCUGCAGAUGUACCUACUUCCAGCACGGCUGAUAUAUCUGCACAACUCUCAGUCUUUCCUUCCACUAACGGUGCACAGUACCCCAACCACACAGUUACACCACACUCAUCACUUCCUCCAACGUCACUCCCAGGACUUCAAGAACUUAUGGCAUACAAGACACCGACAAAUGCAUCUAUUGGUCAGGCUGUUCACCAGCGUACAGGCAGCGUCAACAGUUUCUCUUUGACCAGCAGUGGUUCAAGUUCUUCUCCACCAAGUUUGGCCUCAAGUGGACUAGACGAUUUAUAUAUGAAUGCCUCUUUUAUGGCUUCAGCAUCUCCUGGAAGGCUUUCAUCGCUUCGGAAUCAUGUGGAUCCCAUGCGGUACUCGUUUCCUUACGGCACAAACAAUCCCCUGUCUAUGUAUGAUCAUCACAGACCAUUGACUGUGACGUCAUUCCCCAAUCCAUUCUAUGGGCAGCAGUAGAGCCUAAUGUUCAGUCAAUCAAAAUACGUGCAGCUUUCAUAUGAAGACAUCGCAUAAUUUUCAUUAAAAAAAAAAUUGAUAUUGAAGAUUGGCCCCUUUUAAUUUCCACCCAUCUAGGUGCCGUUUAUGUUGACAUUGUUAAUCGUUAAUUGUAUUUAUCAUAAGGUUGAAGAAUCAGUUAGUCGAUAGUAUAAUAGAUAACUAAGCAAACUAGAACAAUGUAUCAAUCUGGUAUUUUUAAACAGUCACAUGAAAUGCAUCUCAGAAAAUAUUUAAUAUUUUUAUUGUAGGUGUCUGUCAUGUUUUAGUAAUUUUAGCAAUUUUUCUCGGGUUUAUUUGCAGAGGCGUUAUAAAUAACCUGUUGCAUUUGUUUAGAUUUUCGUAAUAAAUUCUUAGAUAUUUCAA